GCAGCCUUACGUCUGUGCGUCUAUUACGACGUUUCCUCCCAGCCCCUUUUCUCUGUGCGUGCACGGCUUUUGCCUUGAAUCGCUGACAUCAUGGCAUCCUUAUCCAUGGCUCCUGUUAACAUCUUCAAACAUGGUGCUGAUGAAGAAAAAGCUGAGACAGCUCGACUGUCAUCCUUUAUCGGCGCUAUAGCUAUUGGUGAUCUGGUGAAGAGUACUCUGGGUCCAAAAGGCAUGGAUAAGAUCUUGCUAGGGGGAGGCAAAGAAGGUACCGUGACUGUAACCAACGAUGGAGCGACUAUUUUGAAGGCCAUUGGAGUUGACAACCCUGCUGCAAAAGUAUUAGUUGACAUGUCCAAGGUUCAGGAUGAUGAAGUUGGAGAUGGGACCACUUCUGUCACAGUGCUGGCAGCUGAGCUGUUGCGAGAAGCUGAGCUUUUGAUUGCCAAGAAGAUUCAUCCACAGACGAUCAUCUCUGGUUGGAGGAAGGCCACUCAAGCAGCUAGAGAAGCCCUGAGGGAUGCAGCAGUGGACCAUGGCAACGACAAGGGCCGUUUCCAAGAGGACUUGCUCAACAUUGCACGUACCACACUGUCAUCCAAAUUGCUCACCCAUCACAAAGACCACUUUGCACAACUGGCUGUGAAUGCUGUCGACCGGCUCAAGGGCUCUGGAAAUCUAGAGGCCAUCCACAUUAUCAAGAAGUUGGGUGGCAGCCUCACAGACUCUUAUCUGGAUGAAGGUUUCUUGCUGGAUAAGAAGAUUGGGGUAAACCAACCUAAGAGGCUGGAAAAUGUUAAAAUCCUGAUUGCCAACACUGGGAUGGACACAGACAAAAUUAAGAUCUUUGGCUCCAGGGUUCGUGUUGACUCUACAGCAAAGGUUGCUGAGAUUGAAAUGGCAGAGAAGGAAAAGAUGAAAGAGAAAGUUGACAGGAUCCUGCAGCAUGGAAUCAACUGCUUCAUUAACAGACAGUUGAUCUAUAACUAUCCAGAGCAGCUUUUUGCGCAGGCUGGGGUCAUGGCCAUUGAACAUGCAGAUUUUGCUGGUGUGGAGCGCCUGGCUCUUGUCACUGGUGGAGAGAUCACCUCUACCUUUGAUCACCCUGAAAUGGUGAAAUUGGGUCAUUGCAAACUAAUUGAGGAGGUGAUGAUUGGAGAAGAUAACCUUAUCCAUUUCUCUGGUGUGGCAAUGGGUGAAGCCUGCACUGUUGUCCUGCGAGGAGCUACUCAGCAGAUCCUGGAUGAGGCAGAGCGCUCUCUGCAUGAUGCCCUUUGUGUGUUGGCACAAACUGUAAAAGAGCCCCGCAUUGUGUUUGGAGGAGGUUGCAGUGAAAUGCUGAUGGCUAAGGUUGUGACUGAUUUAGCCAACAAGACGGCAGGAAAGGAAGCUGUUGCCAUUGAAUCCUUUGCAAAAGCUCUUACAAUGCUACCAACAAUCAUAGCAGACAAUGCAGGUUAUGACAGUGCUGACCUAAUUGCUCAGCUGAGAGCAGCACACCAGGAAAACAAGAACACUUUUGGACUGAAUAUGACUGCGGGAACAGUGGGAGACAUGGCAGAGUUGGGCAUCACAGAGUCGUUCCAGGUCAAACGGCAGGUGCUGCUGAGUGCCGCUGAAGCAGCAGAGAUGAUCCUCAGAGUCGAUAACAUCAUCAAAGCAGCGCCCAGGAAGAGGGUUCCAGACCAUCAUCCCUGCUAGAGGAGUAUGAAGAGGAUCUGUUUUAUUUAUCAUUCUUAAUGUAACUCACAAGGUCCACUGUCAUUUUUUUAUCUGUUAAACAUCAACUGCAGCGAGCCCCUUAUGCCACCUUGUUCUUGACACUUAAAAUGUCUAGUCCUGGUGUGUAACGUAUGUAAACCAAGAAGUUGAACAAUGAUUGAAAAGUUCUCCGUACAAGGUCAACCUGUUUGCAGCCACUCUCUUCCAAAUGUCAACAUUUGCUUUUGUUUACUGGAAUAAAAUAAACUUGUGUUGAGCUG